CCUCCCCCCCACACCCUCCGCCGUGUUUCCCUCCUUUCGCGGCGCUCUCGCCGGAAGCCCCGCGGGAAGUCUCGCGAGAGGCGGCGGGCGGCUGGUUGUGGCGCUGCGUGCUGCUCCGGAGGGUCGCCUCAGCCGCUCCGCUCCCCGCAGCGCCUGGGCCCCGCCGCUCGCUGCCCCUCGCCCCCCGCCGCCGCCGCCAUGUCCCGCUACCUGCGGCCCCCCAACACCUCGCUCUUCGUGCGGAACGUGGCCGACGACACCCGGUCUGAAGAUUUGCGCCGUGAGUUUGGUCGUUAUGGGCCUAUAGUUGAUGUAUACGUUCCACUUGACUUCUACACUCGUCGUCCCAGAGGAUUUGCUUAUGUUCAAUUUGAAGAUGUCCGUGAUGCAGAAGAUGCUCUCCAUAAUUUGGACCGAAAGUGGAUUUGUGGUCGGCAAAUAGAAAUCCAGUUUGCACAGGGGGAUCGGAAGACACCAAAUCAAAUGAAAGCCAAGGAAGGGAGAAACCUAUACAGUUCUUCUCGCUACGAUGACUAUGACAGAUAUAGGCGAUCUAGAAGUCGGAGUUACGAAAGGAGGCGGUCUAGAAGUCGUUCUUUUGAUUACAGCUAUAGAAGAUCGUAUAGUCCUAGAAAUAGACCUACUGGAAGACCUCGUCGUAGCAGAAGCCAUUCGGACAAUGAUAGGUUCAAACACCGCAAUCGAUCUUUUUCAAGAUCUAAGUCCAAUUCAAGAUCACGAUCCAAGUCACAGCCCAAGAAAGAAAUGAAGGCUAAAUCACGGUCUAGGUCUGCAUCUCACACCAAAUCUAGAGGCACCUCUAAAACAGAUUCUAAAACACACUAUAAGUCCAGCUCAAGAUAUGAAAAGGAAUCGAGAAAAAAAGAACCAGCUAGAUCCAAAUCACAGUCAAGAUCACAUUCUAGAUCUAGGUCAAAAUCCAGAUCAAGGUCAUGGACUAGUCCCAAGUCCAGUGGCCACUAACAGUGUAUCCAUGUUGUUUUUAGGCAUGUAACAUUCAUUUACACACAGUUCAGUUUACUUAAAUUAUCAGGAAUAUGAUGUUGCAACAGUGCUAAAAAAAAAAAAAAAAGAAAAAAGAAAAACAAAAAACUUUUCUUUGUCAGUUUUCCCUGUAGCAGACAAUGGUUAUAAUUAAAACAGUGUUGAGAAGCCACUGAGAGAGAGAGAGAGAGAGACAGAAUGUCCACUUGGUUAAAUGUCAUGGGCAGCUACUGAUUUGAUUGUGGUGUCUCUAUGUAUAUUUUUGUAAAGACUUGCAUUUUUAAUGCUUAAAUAUUGGUGAUGACUUGAUUGAUCGUAAUUUGCAACAUUGUCCUAUUAAAAAAUGUCAUACCCACAGAGAAAUUGGUACUAGUUUGUGCUGAACAGUUAAACCAACUGUUUAACUUGUUCUCUAAUACUAAACUUUGUGAUAAAAUGGAAAACUGGACAGCUGUAGUGCAACACUGACUGCUGUGAAGUGCAGACUGGCAGUUACAUGUUUCCAUUGUUCAAAGGCAGGUUUCUGUAUUCUCCGUGCCCACCGACACAAGUAGGUCGGUAAAUGGAGCUCUGUGGAGAGAGAGAGAGGUGUUGAAAUUUCUCUUGAACCCUGCCAUCUGGAGAGAUGGUACUAACACGUAUACUACAUGGGGAGAGAGUUAGUCCUGGAAGCUUGUUCAGAGAUUGCGCAGUGUCAUGAGUCGUCAGGAUAGAGGCUUCACUGCUUUUUACCUGGCUGCUAAUACUAAAUGUGUGUGUGUGGGGGGGAAGCCUUGAAGUGGAAAAUUAAGUUCAGAUUUCAGCAAAUGACAGAGUAACUACAUAUUAGGUUGUGUGUACAUUUUAUGCAGUUUUUGUAUCUAUUCUAAAUUUUAGUGAGCAGUUAACCAUAAAAUUGCUUAGUUUUCCUGCUGUUAGAUACAAGUAGAUUGUUUCGAGUUGUGUGUGUACAGUAUAUAAGAACUAAACUUUUAUGCCAAUGACUCCUGUGGUUAGUUGGUGUAUUCAUAGGUAUAAAACUGUAGCCAUCUCUCUUCUUGAGUAACAAAGGCUUGCUUUUACACAUCAAAAAGUAUUUAGUUAAGCAAGUCUGAAUCACUUUUUCCUCAGAAUGGAUAGUGGUUUGGUACAAGAUUUCAUUUUGCUUAAGAACAAAUGUUUCAAGUUGGAUAUGAACAAGAGCUGCAUCUCUAGCUAUUUAGUUGAUCACUAAUACAGUAUAUUUAGUAAAUUGAAUGUGAAAAAUAACAAAACCAGUGUGUAAUCUUACCAGUAUUUCUCUAGAAGGCAAGAUAUUUUGUUAUGAAAAUGGCUUUUGGCAUUGUUUUUUUUCUAUUUACCUUCAAAAGCCAGCAUCACACACUUAGUGUUCCUUGCUGUCUAUGUAGUAGCAUAUAAAGACAUUCAUUUAAAAAAAUCCCUUUUAGAGAAAUGUUUUAGGUUUUGGUUUUAAUGUUUUCAGCAGGGCCUUUGAAGAAAUGCAGAUGGCUUUUAAAUAUUGGCAGUGGAACGUGCUUAGGGGGUUGAUUCUAGAACCUUUGUAUAUUUGAUAGUAUUUCUAACUUUUUCUUUACUGUUUGCAGUUAAUGUUCAUGUUCUGCUAUGCAAUCAUUUAUAUGCACGUUCCUUUAAUUUUGUAGACUUUCCUGGAUGUAUAGUUUAAAAACAACAAAAAGUCUAUUUAAAACUGUAGCAGUAGCGUGCAGCUCUAGCAGAGGAAAGUUGUGGGAUUAAACUUUGUAUUUCCUUUCUUAUAGAGGCUUCUAAAAAGGUAUUUUUAUAUGUUCUUUUUAACAAAUAUUGUGUACUACCUUUAAAACAUCAAUGUUUUGAUCAAAAUAACUAAAGACCCAGCUUAUUUUCUGCUUGCUGUAAAUUUAGCAAACAUGCUGUAAUAAAAAAAUGAAGGAAAUACUGA